GCUGGGCACUGUGGUCCAGACCUCACCCUCAAGCCUGUCAUUAUAAUCACUUAGCAGUCACAAAAACCUCCAGCCCUACACAGCCUCUGUGCACAGUUCCAGUGAGACUUUACAUUUCCCACCACUCUGAGAUGGAGUUUCUAGGUGGCCGACUGCCCUUCACCCAGUUUCAGGAGGAAAAGUACCAGAUGCUGGAGCUGAACCAGCGUCUUGAAUCGUACUUAGGCCAUGUGAAGCUUCUGGAGGAGGAAAACAAGCUACUGCGAGAGGAGAUCCACACUCUCAAGAGCAGCAAGGAACCAUCAGGCCAGCGCAAAGCUCAAGAGGAGGCUCUCAGCCAGGCCAGGAGGAUGUUGGAGGAGGCCUGGAGGAAGAAAGAUCAUGUGGUACUAGAAGUGGAAAACUUGAUGGAGGAUAUAGAGGUGGUGAGUAUUCAAAGACAGAAGGCAAAUAAUGCAAAGGCUGAAGCACAGAGAAAACUCAUGGAGAGCAGGAAGGAGUUGGAAGAAGAACGUAGAGCUCAGAUAUGGCUUAGAGAAAAGGCUGGCCAACUUGAGAAAGACCUCUUGCUACAGAUGCAAGUCCACCAGGAAAACAUGGAAACCUCGCAGGCCUCUCUGAAACAGACAAAGCAAGUCUUGAUGGCCCCACAUCCCUCUCAAACUACCAGCAUCCCAGACCUGGGACAAGAGUACAGCCACAGAGCAGCUCAAGCCUGGCAGGAGGCAACCAACAACUAUCAGAGACUGGUUGGACGUCUGGAGGAAAGUCUAAACCAAGCCAAAGCUAACAUGGCAAAGAUACAUCAGGAGAAGAGAGAAAACCAGCAUCAAGUUCAGCAUCUGGCAAAGGAGCUUGAGAGCACUAAGACUAAGAGACAGAUGUUGGAAAAAAAUGUAGUGCAGCAGAGAGAAGAACAUACACAGGAGCUUCAACAUCUUCAGGCCCAAGUAGAUGCUCUGGAGUUGGAGAAAGACAACCUGGGGCAGCAGAUAGACAGCCUGAUGGUGGACAGACAAAAUCUGCUGCAGGUCAAGAUGUCUCUUGGACUGGAGGUGGCCACAUACAGAGCUUUGCUGGACAGCGAGGGCCUGAGAACUGACAGACCAACAACAAAAAAGACCAGCUCUGCUUUCUUUUUAGAUGUGCUGUCAAAGCCCACUGGGACACGCCCAGCCUCACAGACUACUGCUGCUUCCUGCAAUGUCAGCAAUACUGUGUCUACAAGUCACAGAUCAAUCACCUCCUCUCGCACUCUGCUGACCAGAGUGACUCCAUCAUGGAGCCCGACUCAAGGGACUCCACAAAGAACACCAACCAGAACCUCAGUGACAGAAAAGACAGAGGUUCAUAUCUCAGAGGAGACUGAGAAAGCUGCUGAGGAGUCUGUAGAUCAUUUACAGCAAGAGAAAGUCCAUGAAGGCAUGGUCCUUGCAAUAACACUCCCCAAAACAGCUGCAGAACCAGAACCACAGCUCAAACCAGAAGAUACUGAGAUUAAGGAGGAUGAACCAAUACAGUUCAAGAAAGCUCAGAUGGUUGAAUGUAAAACUGAUGCAUCUGCAUUGACAACUGUGUCAGCUGACCAACCAAGUAACUUGUACCAAACUCCAGAGACAGAAAGUGGGGCUGGUCCAUUCACAGAUCCUGCAGGGGAUUCAGAAGAAGGCAAGGAUGAGGACACCGAAGUGUCUUUUGAAAUGGCUCAGAUCUCACAUGCACCUAAGGUUGCUUGGGAACAAAAUAAAACCAUAGCAGAGGAUGAAAAAGAUGAUGCCUCUGAGAUGGAUGUAAAAUCAGAGAACAUCAGUGAAAGCCACAGAUUUGCAUAUGAAGAUGCAGAGAAUGAUGAUGAUACAUUAAAAUCUACCCAUAUUAGUGCAAACACCAAUAUAACGGGUUCAUCGUUCCUUGAGCAAGGAACUUUAGAUUUGGUUGGUGAUUUUGGCUAUCAUGAAGAUUUAAUGAAGGUAGAUAAACAGGACAAUGUGAGCAAUAUUAGUGAAGAGGGAAGAGAGCAAAUGAACAGUGAAACUGAGGCAGUGAUCGAUUCAAUCAAUGAGUGGGACAGACAGGAAGAAAUUGAACCAGAGAAUGAGAUGAAAGUGGUGAGCCCUGACUCUGAAGAGGAAGAAGAGAAUGAAACGAACAUUGUUGCUGACAGAGAGGAUAAAAAAGAAGAUGAAAAUGUAACUGAAAGAGAAGAAGAAGAGAUAGAAGUGAUUAAAAGUGACUUUUCUGUGCUGGAUGAAGGUAUAGAUUCUCCCAAGAACAGUGAUCAUCAGGAGAGUUUAGAAAAGACUGUACUGCCAACUGAACCUCAUUCAGAUCAGACAGUAAAUGAAGAAGAUCAUUUACCUGAGGAAUUUGAGGGAGAAGAAGAGAACCAAGGUGAAGACGAUGACUCCCCAAACAUAACCUCGUGGAGAACCGAUCCUGGUGAGUAUGACAGCUACAGUCAGGAGAACACGAUAGCAGACACUCGGCCCUUGCUUCGUUAUAAGAGUGAUGAGGAAACCAAUGGGAAUGUGCUAACCUCGCACCUCAUUAGUGAGACUAGUGAUAGUGAGGAUGAGAAAGAAAGAAUGGAAGGAGGUCACUGGAAUGAGAUUGCCUCCAAACGCUUCAACACCAUGGAGGAUCUCACAGAAGAACGAGACCUGGAGGUCACUGGAGAGAUGAUGACGGAAGAUGUUGUUUCUAAAGAAGAAGUGCAAGAGGGUGAUAGGGUGUGCAUAAUGCUUCAAAGUGACUCUGAAGUCCACGAAGGUUUGGACAUGGUGGAGAAGGAAAGUGCAAGAAUUGAGCUCAAGGUAAACCUGGAAGAAGAUAGUGAUGUUAUUAAAGAGAUAAGGAAAGAUGAAGAUCACAAUGUCAAAGUUUAUGAGCAACCACAACUGACUGAAAACCAGCUUAUGCACACUGAACAGCCUGAGGAUGAAACAGUCCAUUCAUAUGAAAGUCAAAAACAUCCAAUCUCAUUCCCUGAAACAUCUCAUCAACUUAAAAACCUCUUUGAAACUCCAUCAACUCUAACCAUGUUCCAAGAUGCAGCUGCAACCAAAGAUCCAGAAGAUUUUCUGGAUGUUUCCAUGCACACCAGCAUGGAUCUCACGGAGAGUCGCUCUUUGGAGAGUAAAAUAAGCAGUCAGCCAGACAAUAUGACAUCAGACAUUCCCAACUCAGACCAGGAAGAGGGCAAUAGCUCAGAAGAUGAGUCUCCAAAUGCCAGCCAGUGCUUUCAGAACACAAGCCUUUUAAAAGUGGCUACUCUUAAUGAGCAGCCAUUCACCUUCACUAAUGGAGUCUCCAAGGCUGAUUUUGUGUCUGACGUCAACAAUCUGCCUGAAGAAGUACUUAGUAAGGAGAAGAACACUGAAGAACCUAAAGCCGCUCAGAUUGAUGACUGGGAGAAUUCUAACAUCUGGAGCAAAAGCAUGAAUGCUCCAGAUGCAGCUGAGAUCACACACGCAUCAACUAUAGAUGAAAAUACAGGCGUUUUCCCAGUAAAUGAGACUGAGAGUUUAGAUAUUCCAAAUAAAAUGGCAGAAAACAUCUUUGGAAAAUUUGAAGAACAUCUUGAAAGGACAGUGGAGAGCUUUUCAGAAAAAGUGCUGACUGUGAUGGACUUUGAGAGCACCAGUUCAGGAGAGAAGGAGGAACUUCAGUCAAAGGAAAAGAAAAGUGAGAUUCAUAGCUUUUUCAGCACUAGUAUGAAGGAGGAUUUCUGGAGUCAGGGGGAAAUGGAGAUGGCAGCUAACUAUGACCCUGCCAAGACUGAAGACUUAAACCAGGCCAUGGUCUUUGGAGAGGAGUGGAGAGAUAUGGAGGGAAUGCCAAUGGCAAAUGUAAGUCCUAAAGAAAAGAUGGACAUUCUAAAAGGACAGGAUGAGAAGCAUAAAGAUGAACAGCCAACACAAAGCAAGAUGGUCCUAUCUUAUGACUCUGUUGAUGAGGAAGAUUCCUGGUCCUCUGGUGAUGAGUAACAGCUUUGUCUGAUGAUGUUUUCAUUUUUAAAGACUAAACCAAAAACAAAAAAAAUUAGUGCUCAUAGAUGGAACUGAGACGAAAUGAAAAUUCAUGGGGAGAGACAGCAACAUGAAACACAUACGUUCAUACGUUCACAGAAUUUAAACUAGACAAGAUUGCUCAGUGCAGUGUGUGUAAUUGUACAAUGUGAUCUCUGUAAUGUGAGUUAACAGCUGUCGUCUCGGGAUAAGAAGGCGUUGUACUCCAUGACAGCCACGAGCAGAAAGGAUUCUUAAAGAUUUACUAUGAAGCUUUACUUCAUGCUUGUUGUUUCUGUACCAAUUAGACCAGCUUUUUGAUGACCUUCAUCUGUCAUGGUUAAAAAUAUAAUAAUUUAGUGUAUUUUCACCAAUGUAUGUUAUAAUGGAGAACCCACAAAAUUUUAGAUUAAAACUUUGAAAUUUUACAAUUCUGAAAAGAUUAAAAAAAAGUAAAAUAGCAAAUAAU